AUGUCACUACCUCCCCGUCCACGUCCUAAAGUCCUCAUCGUCGGCGCCGGUCUGGGAGGUCUCAUGCUCGGCAUCCUGCUCGACAAGAUUGGUGUCCCUUACCAUAUCUACGAACGAUCCCUCGAAGUCAAAGCCCUCGGCGCGUUGAUGAGUUUUUCGGGGAAUGUGUUACGCCUAUUCGAGCAACUCGGGAUGCUGGAGGAGGUCUUGAGUAUCUCGAUCCCGAGCGCAAACUCAACAAUAUACUCGGAGGACAUGGACUUGCUGGCUGACCUCGGUAUCCCCGGUUACGAGAGCCUUAUCAAAAUCCUUUGCUCCGACGAUACCUCCUACGAGGGCGACAUCCUGGUGGGUGCUGAUGGCGCAUACAGCACCAUCCGUCGAGAGAUGCAUGCCAGGAUGGAACAGGAGGGAUUGCUUUCGGAAGCGGAUAAACAGGAUUUUACGGUGCCGUAUGUAUGUAUGGUGGGCACGACGACGGCGAGGGAUCCGGACAGGUACCCUGAGUUGAAGGAUGAUGUGGCCCAUUUGCAUCAUGUCAUUGGUAACAGUACCCGGUAUAGUUGGACAACAAUCACGAUCUCAAAGAACAGGAUCUGCUGGAGUGUCAUGGCCCAAAUCAAGUCCGAAUCCGAGGCCAACCAGCUCCGACUCUCCAGCACAGAAUGGGGUCCCGAAGCCGCCGAGUCCAUGAUCAAGGAAGUCCACGAUUUCCCCAUCAAAUUGGGAGGCGGAGCAGGAGUGCUAGGCGACAUUAUCGACGCCACCCCUCCAGAUGUUGUUUCCAAGGUCAUGCUCGAGGAAAAGUUGUUUGAGCAGUGGUCUCAUGGACGGAUUGUCUUGAUCGGUGACGAGGAUCGUGGGUCGGUGGCGUCGUUGCCUCAGAAGGUGUCGUGGAGGUACCAAGCUGAGUUGGAUGCUGCUGCUGCUCAUAAACCGUAG